AUGAGCCAUGCCAGUACAGUGCAUAUGCGCCGGGGACGGUCGGCGGAACCUUAAUAGUUAAUUUUUAACUUAGAAUCUAUCAAUUUUCAUCGAAUUAUAAUAAAAACUCCUGUUGAUAGAGCAGAAGACCUCUUAAAAAGUAUGAUGUCAGAAUUGUCAAGUAGACAGAAGGUGGCCCUGGCCAUUGCAUUACCAGCAUCUAUGGUUCUCAUCUAUCUCUUAUUCAAGAAGCGAGAUGAUUAUGAUGUACCAGCACCAUCCAAGCAUGUUGCUACUAUCCAAAGACAGACAAUUGAUAUGAAUAUCCCACAUAACAAGGUUGGACCUCUUAUUGGUCGGGAAGGCACCAAUAUCAAGAGGAUCCAGGCUGAAAGUGGAGCUCAGAUCAAGUUCUCUGAUGAAACCAAAAGAGAUGAUACAGCUGACAGACACCUCCGUAUCCAUGGUAACCGAGAUAGCAUCUUGCUAGCAGAGAGACUCAUCAACGAGUUCUUAGCAGAACAACCAGAAAUCAUCACUAAGACACUUAUGCUUCCCCAGCAAGCAGUAGGAAGGAUCAUUGGAAGACAGGGUACUAACAUUAGGAGGAUACAGAACAGCAGUAUGGCCAGAGUGAAGAUUGACCGAGAUGUUGUAGACGGGAUAGAUACUCUCAGGCGUUGCACAAUCAGAGGAACUCUGACACAAGUUGACACUGCUGAGUACAUGAUAAGACAAGAAAUUAAUGAAAUGGAGGAUUACAAUCAAAGGUUAGCUGAUGCAGCUGCUAAUAGGAAAGAAAGACCAACAGGGAAAUCAUCUAAUAAAAGUGUUCAACCUAAACCAGUUUUAACUGUCGACACUGCACCUGAACCAGAAGAAUGGCAUGUAGACACCACUUCCACUGCACAGCCCCCCAAAAACAAAGAUUUCUUCACAGUUUACGUCUCAGCCGUGGAACAUCCAGGACACUUCUGGUUGCAGAUCGUCAGCAGCAAGGCCAAGGAUUUGGACCUAAUGCUUAUGAAUAUGACAGAGUUCUACAAUAAUCCAGAUAAUCAGAAGGCAUUUCAACCUGACAGUCUCCAGAAAGGUGAGAUUGUCGCUGCUCCAUUCUCUCAUGAUCAGAUGUGGUAUCGUACUCGUAUCCUUGGUUUCCUUGACGAUGACAUGGUAGACCUUUACUUCGUCGACUAUGGGGAUUCUGAAGCCGUUCCCAAAUCAUCUGUUUGCACCUUGAGGGAUGAUUUCCUAAUUCUACCUUUCCAAGCUGUGGAAUUCUCACUUGCUAAUGUAUUUCCAUCAGGUAGUGAUGAAUGGACAGAGGAGGCAAUAGAAUAUUUUGAGCAAUUAACUCAUGUUGCCAAAUGGAAACCACUUCAGGCCAAGAUAAUAGACUAUCAGAGUACAGAUAUUGGUACUAUACCAUGCAUUGAUCUCUAUGAUACUGCUGAUAGCUUUGAUAUAAACAUUGGAAAGCAGCUGAGACUUUAUGGGUUUGCCAAAUCAAAAAGAGACAAAGAGAGAGAAAUGACAAGUCCAGAGACAUCGUCUACUUUACCCAGUGCUUCAGUACGGUCAGAAGGAGAUGGUGCUUAUGAUACAGAGAACUAUGCAAGUUUAUGAUGCAAAUCAUAUCUCCACCUACCUAACAUCUGUGCUCUUUCUAUAUUGUUAUUGCUACCCAGAUAUAACAACAAACCAAAGAUAACAUGGGAAAUGAAUAUCAGUAAUACCAAACACAAGUGGCAAUCAUGUGAUCUGCUUCAUUUUUUUUUUAGUAUAAAUGGAAACCAUGACCCAAGUGAUUUGUCAAGUUUGUUGUGUAGAUAGGCUGAAUUUGGAGUAAUAGUUCAGAUACGACCGUAAACACAUUUUGGGUAUUUUUAAAAAUGGUACUUACAUUAAUACGCUAUGACAAUUGUGAGGGUUUUGAAGAAAUAUUAACUUCUGUAAUUAUAUUGGUUUAAUAUGUUUAGCCAAAAUUCUCACCAAAGCUAUUUUAAAAGCCUCUUAUAAGUGAAGAGUUCAUAUUGCUAACAUGUUUGUUCAAUUUAUGAAAAUGUUUUAUCACAUCUCAAUUCAUUUUAAAUAACUAUAUGCAUACAGAUCUCUUUUACCUCUUUAGUUAAUCUUGUAAUUUACUGUAAUUCGUGUGAUAGAAAUUGGUCAGAAUGUUCAAUACUUUUCUCUUUUGACAAAUUGGAGUGGUUACUAUGCUCUAGAUCUCUUUUUCACUU